CAGUCACUUACACACUACGCAAGAGUUUGUUGAAUUGUCGCAAGACAAUAAAAAAAAAACAAGAAAAUACAAACAAUACAAACAUUUGAAGCACCAACGAAAAAUAUAUAAAACUUCUGAGGAGACGAGAGAAUUUUGGAGGAAAGGCUAAGGAUAUGGAAUUACGUCGUAGCCGUCGUCGUCGCAUGGAGCCAGCACGCAUUCAAUAUGGUGCCUGGGAUGAUCCAAGGAUAUCGAUAUUUGCAACAGUGCCGCAGGAGCCCAUACCGGAUAUGCUGGGGCUGCUGAAGCGUGUGCAGCCGGGCACGCAUAGCAACAAUCUGGACAUGGAUGCGUGUCCGCUGGUGCUUGCGACGUCGCAGUCAACCAAUGUUAUGUACCGCGAGGUGAAGCAUCAGGUGCAGCAGAUAGCGGACGACCGCAAUAGGAACUAUCAUCCCAGGCAGGAGCGGGAGCGCCAAUCAGCCAUGGUGGCGCGCAUGCUGGCCGAGCACAAGCGGCGCGACUUUGUUGAGGCCAUGCGACGUCGCCAGCUGGUGGCCAACUCGCCCAAGCUACGCGAGCUUAAAAUAGAGAUUGAACGUGCCAAGACGACGCUCAGUAUUGUGCAGAAGCGCAAUGAUAACGAAAAGCAGCAUGGCACGGAGCGUGCCCAGGAGCGCGCCGAGGCACUGGAGCAUCGCGAGCAAGUGCGCAUGGAGAAGGAGGCCGAGCAGCGGGCGCUGAAGCAAAAGACCAAGGACUACAGCGAUCAAUUGGUGGAUCAGAUACGCCAGCUGCGGCAGCAGCGCGACCAGCAACACCACUCCGAACUGGAGGAGGGGCGACAAAAGCGGCGUGGCGAUGAGCAACAGCAGUUGGCGGAUCUUAAGCAUGCGCUCGAGUGUCGCCACAAGAAUCGCACGGAACUCAAGCAGAUGCUCGAUGACUUUGCGGCGCUGCAGCGCAGCCUGCGCCAAGGCAGCGGCCUGCAGCAGGACAAGCUAGAUGUGAUAGUGAUGGAGGCGCUGGGUCCACACACCGCGGGCGUGAUUAAGCAGGAGCUGCAGCGUCGUCAGCAGCGCAUCGAGCGCCGUGGCAAGGUGAGCAGUCUGCUGGCGCAGGAGCUGAGCGAGAUCAAGCGCAAGAAGGAUGCGCAUGAGAGCAUGCUGACCGACAUCCUGGCCUGCGAGCGUCAGGCCCGGGAGAAGAAGCGUGCCUAUGAGGAAGUGCAAAAGCGGCGCAACCAGAAGGUGCAGGUGGCCAAGGAUCUGCUGGGCCAGCACGAGGAGCAGCAGUUCUAUCGCGCACGGGCCGAUGCGUUGGGCAAACAGGUGAUAAUCGACAAGACCAGCUUCAUGCAACGCCAGUAUAAGAUGACCGAGCAAAUGGACCGCGCGCGACGUGAGAUCAACAUACGCACCUAUGAGGCCAACGAUGCGGAUAUUGUCAACAAUGCGCGACUGCGUGCCGCCGAGCUGGAGGAGCAGCGACAGCUGAAGCAACAUCUCAUGGAUCUGGAGAGCGAUCUGGAGCGACGCAUCGACGAGGAGCGCAUGCGUGUGCUACAUGAGCAGCCCAGAACGGUGCUGGUCGAGCUGCGGCCCACCAAGCUAACGGAGGCCGAACUCAAGGAAUUCAAUUUGCCUUCCACAACCUAAAGCCCCACAAGAAAGUCCGACUUAUCCCCAUUAGUAGUUCAACUCAUUUCCUGUGUAUGCCUACUGUCCAUGUAUUCAUUCACAAUCGAUCAAAUUCAUCAGGGAGUUACUGCUGGCGGCCUAGACACUCAAUUUAAAUAUAUAUUUUGUUGUACGUGAA